AGGACGUGAUUGCCUGAAGCUCUGGUGGUGGUCUUUAGUGGCGCCUCCUUGUAUUUCUUUCUUCUUUUUCUCUGUGUGCUUUUUUUUUCUUCUUUUCUGGGCCGAAUAUUCGAGUUCCUCUUACUAAGCUCAGCGAAUCCUUCAUGUUUACAUAAACGCUGAAUGCUGGCAAGCCAGAUGUACUAACAGUAACCAUCUAACCUCCCUUUUGACAUACAUAUAUGAAGCAUAGCCGCCAUGGAAACCAAGCAGAGCAAGCCGCCAGGGGCAUUUCGCGACGAAUGGGAUUGGCCAAGCGAUCUACCAGCGGAUCAACCACGGGCGGAAAAUACUCAUCAUAAUGAACAUGCUAGAACAACUGAGGGAACGCGUUCAAACCCUCGACCGCAGCAAUAUUGGCCACCUCGAACCUGUCGUAUAUGCCUUGAGACAGUCCUCCCAUCUUUUGAACCUCAGUCCGAGUUCCUUCCGACCUUUCUUCAGUCUGCUCCCAAAGUUUCCUACGUCUCUGCAGAUCCCGAUUAUGGCAGAUUGAUCAGUCCCUGCAAGUGUAAGGGCUCUUCAAGAUAUGUUCAUGAGGGAUGUCUGCAGGCGUGGCGAAACGCAGAUCCUGGAUAUGGAAGAAGAAACUAUUGGCAAUGCCCGACAUGCGGGUUCAGAUACAAGUUGGAGAGGAUGCGAUGGGGGAGGUGGAUCAGUAGUACUGCAACCCAAAUAUCAAUGACUUUAAUAAUCUUAUUCUUAACUAUGUUUAUCCUUGGUUUUGUUGCUGACCCUAUCAUCAAUUUCUACCUCGAUCCUUAUUCGACCCUUGUCAAUCCACCCCGUUUCCAAUCACGGACCAAAAUUGAACCUGUCCUGCUAGAAGAAGGCUCGCCUUGGAUCGAACACUUUCUUAAGGGAUUAGCUUCUCUCGGACUACUUAGCUUCGUCAAGGUCCUACUUGCAAUGUCUCCGUGGCAAUGGUGGAAUUUACGUAAUUCUGGCCUCGUGGGCGGCGGUCGGCCCGGCGGAUCGGGACGUGAUCGACUUGCUUCUCUUAGUUGGACUGUUGUGUUUAUUGGCGUCUGCACUUUUCUUUGGGGCGUGUAUAGAGGAGUUAGGGCCUGGAGCCGCAGAGUGCUCGUAAAUGCUGGCGAACGUGUAAUGGACGUACAGAGUGAUGAAGAUGACGAAGAUGCCACACAGAAUGAGAGGAAGAAAGACUUGUGAUUGCUAUCUAGCUUUUCGCAGCUCUUGGCUCUCCAGAUACCCACUGAACGAAAGACAUUUUUCAAUUGUUAGACUGCGCCCAAUCGAGUCUUU